AUGGAAUUCUUCGUUAAUAUUUUGCAAUCAUCUUUCAAUUUAUCUGAGCAAUAUAAAAAUUCUUUAAUCGUAGAAUGCAAAAGCAAUGAUAUAAUUGAACUUCUGGUUCCAAACGGUGCAAAUAUCAAUGGAAAUACACCUCUGCAUUUAGCAGCAUUAUUGCCUAACACAGAAUAUGCAGAAAUAUUAAUAUCACACAAUGCUGAAAUCAAUUCAUUGAAUAAAUAUGGUCAAACUCCUCUUGAUAUUGCUGUUAUGCGUUCGAAGUUAGAACAUGGAGAUUUUCUCAAACUUCACGAAAAUCGCAAAAAUAUCUUUGGAUCUUUAAAUGAAGAAAGUGAAAUGGAAUCUCUCUUAAUUGCACAUGGUGAAAAAAAAUCUGCUAAUAUGGGUAAACUCAAAAGAAACAGUGGUGUUGAUAUAAUAUUUGAUUAUUUCUUUCAGAAUUCUAAUUUUGGAAACAGUGGAAUCACAGGAUAG